AUGAAUAGACACUUGAGUAAUUCUAGCGAAAUAUCUUGUUUUUCAACAACUUCUCUCAAUACAAAGAAUGCAAAGAAUAAUUUACCAAUAGCCUCACAAUUCUUAUCUUGUAAUAAUAUUGCUGAAGUUUCGACUACAGACUACCAGGUUGAACAUCAAGACGUUGACGCGAAUUGGUAUCGACGAUUUUUUUAUGGAAAAGACCAUCCCACGUUUAUAGGAACUAUUGACUCAUAUGGUCCUGUUAUAGUUUCAAUUAUUCCUGAUACGUAUCACAAUGUCGGUGAUAUAUAUUGGUAUAGAUACAUUGUUCGCAAAAAAGAGGUUCCCGAUCAUCGUGGUAUUUUAGCAGGCCAAGCUUACUUUGGUGAACCAAUAUGGGAGGAUCUAUUGAAAAUGAUUGACAGGAAUUUUGUACCACACCGUUUAACAAAAUUUAUAACCACACCAGAAUUAAGUCAAGAACUGUUAAAUUUAGAUGAAUCAAGGAUUGGUGUUCUUUAUCAAGCUCCGUCACAAGCAUCUGAAGAAGAAUGGUUUUCAAACACAACUGCGUCACCAGAAUAUGAAAGAUUCCUUAAUUUGUUAGGCAAUAAAAUUGAACUGUUGGGAUGGCAACGGUUCGGUGGUGGAUUAGAUACAAAAACUGGUGGCUCCGGUAAAUAUUCAAUUUAUGACUCUGGAACAUGGAAAGAUUUUGAGAUAAUGUAUCACGUGAGCACCAUGUUACCUUUCGAAGAUAAAAAUAAACAUCAAAUUACGAGGAAAAGGCAUUUGGGAAAUGUUGAAAUAAUGUGUAAAGAAGGUGUUCCUUCUUUCGGUCCCGCAUUACCUGAUCCACCAAUCUUUUAUGAUCCAAUAUCAUUAAAGCAAUUUUUAGUUGCUACAGUUAUAAAUGGCCAAAACGCUGCAUGGAAAACUUUAAAACUAUCUGAACCAUUCUACAGAGCACGAAAUGGUAUAGUGUGUGACAUUGCCAAGAGAUAUACACCUGUAGUACUUGCUCCAUUGACCCCUCCACAAUCUCCAAAGAAAAUUCCACGAGAUGACUUAGACAGUACUUUGAAACGACUUUUUAUUAAAGAAUUGAAACUAAAUGCUGGUUCACUACCCGAUAUAAUGCAAGUAAGAUCUCUACUUGAUAAAGGUGCAAAUCCAAAUAUUAGGGUACCACGGCCUAAACCUUCCCGGGAACAAUUGAGGCAACAAUCUAUAUCAUCAACAUCAACACAUAAUAGUCUUAAUUCGGAUUCAAAUGAAAAUGAGUCAAUGUACAAACUUCCAAAUAUAUUAUUUGCUACAAUAGCGUUAGCUGAUGAUCCUGUAUUCGUUAAACUAUUGAUUAAUUAUGGUGCUGAAACCAUGCCACGAGACACUCGUUUUCCAAAUGCAUUUGUAUUUGCCGCAAGGUAUAAAAGAGUCGAAACAAUGAGAUGUUUACUGGAGAAUGUGCCUUCAUUAAGUGAUCCUGAAUCCGUUGACGCCGCUAUAGGUGAACGUGGUAACAGCAAAAAUUCUGUCGGAACUAAAUUAUGGGAAGAA